CAUUCUUUCUCGGAGUAUCUCGGGCUUCGAAGCAUUCGUAUUUCUUUAUGAUUUAUUGAUGGUCUAGCGGCUGGCCGAAAAAUGUCAACAAUAGGCGGAAUACCAGAAAAUGUUCUCCAGGACAUGGAGAAUGCAUUUUCUUCAGAUCCCAAGAACAAAUUGGCCCAGAAUGUAUGUUUCAUGACUAAUCCAAGACAAGUCAUGAAAAGUCAAUCAGAUCUUCGAGAUAAAGUUCAUAUAUUUAAUUGCAAGGUGCCUACUGAAGGUAAACCAAUGACCAAUCAAAAGGCUUCUGGGCGCUGUUGGAUAUUUGCAUGUAUGAAUGCCAUGCGAUGCAGUGUCAUGCAGUUAUUCAAAUGUGAUGAACUGGAGUUCAGCCAGAAUUAUCUCUACUUCUGGGAUAAGUUGGAACGUUGUAACUACAAUUUGGAUUCCUACAUCGACUGUGCUCGUCGGGGGGAGACGUAUGAGGGACGUCUUGUGAGUCAUCUUCUUGUUUCUCCCUCCGAGGAUGGGGGACAGUGGGACAUGCUUGUUAACCUUAUAGAGAAAUAUGGAGUUAUUCCCAAAGCUUGCUUUAAGGAUUCUGAGAGCGCACAGCAGUCUAGGAGUAUGUGUGGCAUAAUCAACAAUAAGAUGAGAGAGUUUUGCAAGAAACUACACACAAUGGUCUUUGAAAAAGCCUCAGAUGAAGAAAUCCAGAAAGAGAAAUCUUUAAUGUUGCAACAGAUUUAUUCAAUUCUCUCCAUUUGCUUGGGAACGCCACCAAAGACUUUUACCUGGGAGUAUUAUGACAAAGAUAAAAAGUACCAGAAGAUUGGACCAAUUUCUCCAGUGGAAUUCUAUCAAUCAAAAAUCAAACCACUGUAUAAUAUGAAAGAUAAGGUGUGCAUUGUGAAUGACCCAAGAGCAAAGAAUCCUUACAACAAACUGUACACUGUGGAGUACCUGAACAACAUGACAGGAGGUCAGCCCGUGCUGUAUAUCAACCAACCAGUCAGUGUGUUAAAACAACUCACAGUGAAAUCUCUGAAAGAGGGAGAGGUUGUGUGGUUUGGUUGCGAUGUUGGAAAGUAUAAUAGCAUAAAACCAGACGGGGUCCUGGACCUUAAAGCACUGGAUUAUAAGUUGGUGUUUGGAUUCUCGGGGCUUGGAUUGGAUAAAGAGGGACGGCUGAAUUAUGGGGAAUCACUGAUGACCCAUGCUAUGGUGAUCACUGCUGUUCAUUCAGAGAAUGAUGGACCUACAAAAUGGAGGAUAGAGAACUCCUGGGGUGAUACUGAUGGAGAAAAGGGUUACCUGGUCAUGUCAGAUGAGUGGUUUUCAGAGUUUGUGUAUGAGGUUGUCAUUGACAAGAAAUACCUUACUGAUGAAAUCCUAGCUGUAAUGAAACAAUCUCCAGUUGUUCUCCCUGCUUGGGACCCAAUGGGAGCUCUAGCAAAACUCUGACAAGCAGGCCAACCAGGCCAUUCAAAUUUACCGAGAUGAGUAAUUAUCAUUACAAUUACAGUAAUUAAUUAGUCCAAAUAGAUUCAAUAAUAAAGUCAGGAUACAUAUUUCCUUUUUUUGUGUGUGCAUGUAAAUAUCGUAUUUGAUUUUAUUUGUUACAUAUGCAUGUAGAUCGAUUGGUAUUGUGAAGGAUAAUGUAUCAUACAUUUAAGAUCUAGUGCUAUGUGAUUAAUCACUUUUACAAUUUGUAAUAUAUUUUUAAAAGAUACAAGAUGUACAUUAUUCUUUGUAAUCAUUUCUGUAUAUGUGUAGAGAACUGCUGAAUUUAUUUUUAUUUAAUUUAAACACGAAUGCAUGAUUAUAAUAUUUUUAAGUAUAGAAAUAUUUCAUUAUAAAUUAGGUUUUGUAUUUAUGUUUACACAAAGAGUUACAAUGAUUUUGUGUCGAUUUUGCACUGCUUGUAAAGGUAUAAUAUUCUUGAUAUUCAGGUUUUGGUAUUAGUCCUCAAAUCAUCAAAUGAUUUCUACAUCUUGUGUAACGUCAAUCAAAAUAUUAAGAACAGUGUUAUGAUUGUUUUGAUACGAGAUUAAAAGAAGCAUCUUAAUUCA